UAUAAAUCAUAUUUACUAAAGAAAACAAAAUUAUAUAUAAGAGGAAUGAAAAAAUUUUGAGAACGUAAAAUUGACAAUUAACGCAAAAAGUGAAUUAGUCUCAGAUAUUUUCAAGUAUCCAGAAAUACUGACAAGCAUGGAAUAAAUCUUGCAUCUUCAGUGGCAAGGCAAAUACGGACUAGACAAUAAAAAAUACGGUAAAUGGAGAGUAUCAUGGCAAAGUAAUGUAAUUAAAGAAGUUGGUGGAUACUAUUUGAACGGAUUAAAGUAAGGUUUAUGGAAAGAGCUAUAUAAAAAUUAUUAAACGUAAAAUAUCCUAAUUUCUAAUAAUAAGUAGUGAUGCUAAAGUAUUUGAAUUUGGAGAAUAUUAUAAUGAUUUAAAAAGAAGUAAGUGGAAUUAUAUUUAUAAAAAUAAAAAGAUGUAAUCAUUUUUAAUAAUUAAUUAGUGGAGGUGGAUUGCAAAAUAUAGAAGGAUUAAAGAAAGGAAAAUGGACUGAGUUGAGCGAAAAUUUUUGUUACGAUUCUCAAGUUAUUUAUAAUGGUGAAUAUAAUAAAAAGGGCAUGAAGGUAGGUAUAUGGGAUAUUAUGUAUUGUGUAGUCGAAGAGAAUCAAUAUAAAUAAAUGUAAAUAGUAUUAUUAUAGACAUGUUAGCGGUGGCGGAUUAUAUCAUUGCUCUUUAGGAAUUAAGAUUGGGAAAUGGGUAGAGUUGUGGGAUAGUUUCUAUUUAUAUUCUUAAGCAUGCUAUAAAGGUCAUUAUAAUAUGAAGGGUAUGAAGGUGGGUAGAUGGGAUAUUAUGUUUUGUGAUAAUUAUGAGAAGGAAUAUUAGUAAAUGUAAAUAUUAGAAGAUCUAUAUAUAUAGUGGCGGUGGAUCAUAUGAUGAUUCUUUUGGAAGCAAAAUUGGGUAGUGGGUAGAAUUAGAUGAAGGAUUUUAUGCCGAUAAAUAAGUAACUUAUGAUGGUAAGUAUAAUCUGAAUGGUAUUAAGGUAGGAAAUUGGAUUACUAAAUAUUGCAAAUUCCAUGAAAAAGAAUAUAAAUAAAUGUAAAUACUAUAUAUAUAGAUUUAUUAGUGGUGGUGGAUCUUAUGAUAGUUUUUAAGGAUUUAAGAUCGGAAGGUGGAUUGAGUUGGAUCAAGGAUUUUAUGAGGGUAAAUAAAUCACUUACAAUGGCGAAUAUAAUAUUAAUGGUAUCAAGGUAGGUAGAUGGGAUAUUAUGCUUUGUCAUAAAUAUGGGAAGGAAUAUUAAUAAAUGUAUAAGUAGUUCUAUAUUAGUGGUGGUGGAUAAUAUGAUAAUUAUUCUGGCAGGAAGAUUGGAUAGUGGGUAGAAUUAGAUGAAGAGCUUUAAGGUUGGAAUUAUAUUACUUAUAGUGGUAAAUAUAAUAUGAAUGGAAAGAAAGUUGGUAAAUGGAGGAAAAUUGAUUUAAGAAGCAAUAAUAAUUUUGGAAAAUAUGAAAUUUGA